UCGACUGCUACCUCUUCUUGGUCGAUGCCCAGCCCUUUCGAUACAGGAAUUGGGACCAAUUUCACCGUCUCAAGUUGCCCCAAGUUCUUGAACAAAUUGAUAGCGAAUGAAACGAUGAUUGGCUGCCAUGCUGUAUCUAUGUUGCUGGAGACCUCGGACGCUUUCUUCGAGAUGCUCACAUCAGCCGUGGACCUCACACGUGUACUACAAAAGUCCUGUAGUGUCUCGGUGGAGACUUGUUCCGAGGUACUGACUGAUUUCGCCUCGAACCUCGUUGAAGAUAGUGCCUGUGGACAAGAUUAUGAACUAGGCAAUCCUGUGGUGAAGGAGGCGUAUCGAUCGAUGGUGGCCUACGAACCUGUCUAUCGGGCGACGUGCCUGAUAAACCCAAGCACAGAAGACUACUGCUUCGUGGACGCUGCCUUGAAUACCAGCAAUAUUGCCGAUUAUUACGUCUACUUCCUGCCCUUGGGCACUGCCCUCACCAGCUCGAACCACCCGACAUGCAACAAAUGCUUGCAGGCUGAUAUGACUGUCUUCAGCGAAUGGGCAGAGGUCAAGGGGCAGCCUCUGACAAGUGUCUAUCUUGCUGCUGCUGCUCAAGUGGACGAGAGGUGUGGGGACGAUUUCGCCACGACUAACAUCACCGUCGCAUCGAAGGCUUCUAUCAACCGUAGUGGGUUGACGUCGCGGCAGCUCGAUAUCCCACUACUUAUAUCUACCUUGGCACUCAGCUUGGGGGUUGCCAUUCUAAGACUA